GUACAUGAGUGAGGACGCAGAGGUAGAACUAGCAUCACCUGUGUUUACAGUGUGCCAGUACUGAUGAAGAUUUGAAUUAUUUAAGAGAAGAAUCAUGUUGGGAUUAAAGGUGGCCCUCGUGCUCUCUGUGCUACUGUCUGUGGGCUUCGGACAAGGAUCAUUGCGGCUCAGACAGCCUUCUGAAGGUGGACGUGUAACCUACAACUCAUAUUCCUAUUCACAGCCAACAGGCGUGACGGAGUGGACGUCCUGGUUUAACAUCGAUCAUCCCGGGGGGAAUGGAGAUUACGAGCGUUUGGAGGCCAUUCGCUUCUAUUACCGAGAGAGAGUGUGUGCACGCCCCACCGCCAUGGAGGUGCGCACCACAGACUGGGUCUCAGCUGCAGAUACUGGAGAAGUGGUGCACUCCAGUCUGGACAAGGGCUUCUGGUGUGUCAACAAGGAGCAGCCCCACGGGAGGGUCUGCUCCAACUACCACGUCCGAUUCCAAUGUCCUCCAGUGCAGAGUUACUGGUCUGACUGGAGUGAGUGGGGUCCAUGUUCCACUUCUAUGUGUAAUGAUGUGGGCAUCCAGACCAGACACAGGAAGUGCCUGAGCAGCCAGCCCAUGCCCCUGCUGCUGGUGCCCGCCUGUCAGGGGCACCACACAGACAGGCGCGAGUGCUCCACCCCUCCAUGCACAGCCAAGUGGAGACCGUGGGGGCCAUGGGGAGCGUGCUCAGUGUCCUGUGGAGGGGGGCGUCGGGUCAGAAGGAGAACUUGUGUCAAGAACUCCCCCACAAUCCAAUGUACGGGACGUCCUGCUGAAAUGCAGAAGUGUGGAAAGAGCCCAUGCCCAGUCAAAUGCCAGAUGUCGUGCUCGGAGGGGCAUCCCAACGAGGACUGCAGUCGCUGUGUGUGUGAUGGCCAUGUCCUGCAUGGAGAGGUCCACAGUGUGACCGGGGUACCAGUGUCUGGAGCCUGGGUGGCACUGUCCAAUCAGCCCAAAGUGAUUCUGGCCCGCUCCAACAACAAGGGGCACUUUAAAGUACCCGGAGUGUGCUCUUCCAGCUCCACUCUGGUCUCUAUACGAAAAGAAAAGUUUGCACCUGUAACGGUCUUGGCUACCAGUAACACAACGGGACGAUCGUGGGUCAAAGCUGUGCUCAAAACUGCAGAAAAGCCAUAUAUUGUGAAGCACCCAGAGGACAAAGUGCGCUACGAGGGUGGACGAGUGCUGCUGUGCUGCAAGGCCACAGGAUCACCAAUGCCUGACAAAUACUACUGGUACCACAAUGGGACUCUGCUCGACAGAAAGGUGUACAAGUACGAGGAGGAUUUGGUGUUACGAGAUCUGAAGCCGGAGCAGUCUGGGCACUAUUACUGCAAAACCAGCAGCUCUGCAGGCAGCAUCAAGUCCUCACCUGCCCUCCUCACUGUCAUUGCUAAAGGGUCACCUGCCUGUAACUCCACCCCUGAGCCACACCUAAUCAGGAUGCCUGUGGACUGCGUUCAACCCGGGACAGACUCCACAUUCUACAACGCCGGCCGCUGCCCUCACAACACCUGUGCAGGAGCCUUGGACUAUGAUCUACGCUGCAGAGAUGGAGCCGGCUUUUGCUGUGCUGUCCAAACUAUGGAGACCCGCACCAUCGACUGUGGCAGCUACAAACUUCCAAUCAAAGCAGUCACCCAGUGCAGCUGUCAGAAAUGUGUGGAACCCACGGUACUAGUCAGGGGCAGAGUCUCCUCAGCCGACAACAAUGAACCGUUAAGAUUUGGGUACAUCUACAUUGGAAAGGAAAGGGUUGGCACUACUGGAUUUCAAGGUGACUUUACCUUACAAAUUACUUCAGACACACAGAGAUUAGUCGUAAACUUUGUCGACCCCACUGAAAAGUUUAUUGACACUCCAAAAGUCUUCAUUUUUGACAAGAAGGGUGGAUCCAUUUACCAUGAUGUCAGAGUGAUGAGAAAGCAAGAGCCUAUCGAUCUCAAUGCAGGGGAAAGCAACACUAUCAACUUAGGAGAAAUUAAAGGAGAAGACCCCAUAGGCCAGUUAGUUAUCCCUGCCAACUCUUUCCACAAGGACAAUGGGGAGGUGUAUGAAGGCACAGUGAAAGCCAGUGUCACAUUUAUUGAUCCAAGAAAUAUUACGACAGCAGCUGCCACUCCGGGCGACCUCAACUUCGUCAGUGAUGAUGGCGACAUGCUGCCCUUGAGAACUUAUGGCAUGUUUUCUGUCGAUUUCCGAGACGAGAGCAAUAGAGACAUCCUGGGGGCGGGAGGUGUCCAAGUACUCCUCGACACUCAACAUGUUAAAAUGCAAGAGCACAUCCCCAAAAUGAAACUGUGGUCCUUGAACCCAGAGACAGGAGUUUGGGAGGAAGAGGGUGAUUUUUCAUACGCCACCACUACUUCUGGACGGAACAAGAGAGAGGAACGUACUUUUCUAAUUGGUAACAUGGAGAUCAGGGAACGUAGACUUUUUAAUUUGGACGUGCCCGAAAACAGAAGAUGCUAUGUCAAAGUUAGGGCCUAUAUGAGUGACAAGUUCCUUCAGAGUGAGCAGUUGGAAGGGGUUGUAAUCAGUCUGAUAAACUUGGAGCCAAAACCUGGAUUCUCCUCUAACCCUCGGGCAUGGGGGCGCUUUGAUAGUGUCAUAACAGGACCUAACGGGGCCUGUUUACCUGCAUUCUGUGACGCACGGACACCUGAUGCCUACACUGCAUAUGUGACAGCCAUGAUGGGAGGAGAGGAGCUGGAAGCAGCCCCAUCGUCUCCAAAAAUGAAUCCAAAUGUCAUUGGAGUGUCCCAACCUUAUCUGAAUAAGUUAAACUACCAGCGUACAGACCAUGACGAUCCUGCACUGAAGAAAACGGCCUUUAAAAUCAACCUGGCAAAACCCAACCAAAACAAUUUCGAUGAGACCAAUGGACCAAUUUAUCCAUACCAGAGUAUGUUAGCGUGUGAGAAUGCACCCUUUGAUGCAAAUCACUUCAGAUUCUUUAGAGUGGAAAAGGAUAAGUAUGAAUACAAUGUUGUCCCAUUUGAAGAAAGUGAUCUAACCACUUGGACUGGGGAUUACCUGUCAUGGUGGCCAAAUCCUCAGGAAUUCAGAGCAUGCUAUAUCAAGGUCAGGAUUAAUGGGCAAAAGGAAGUAAUGGUCCGUUCAAGAAAUUUUGGAGGAACACAUAGGGCCACUGCAGGCAGGCUUUAUGGCAUUAGAGAUAUUCGGAGCACCAGGGACAUGCGGGAGGCUAAUACAUCAGCUGCAUGUCUUGAAUUCAAAUGUAGCGGGAUGUUAUUUGACCAAGCAGCGGUGGAUAGAUCUCUCAUAACUGUGCUUCCUCAAGCCAACUGCCGAAGAACCGUCACCAACAGUCUCCUCCAAGAGUAUCUGAUCAAGCACCCACCAACUGCCCCAAACAAUGAAACGCAUGGAUUCACUAUGCUAGCCCCUGUGGAUCCUCUUGGACACAACUAUGGCAUCUACACCGUCACAGACCAAAAUCCAAAAGUGGCCAAAGAGAUUGCUAUAGGACGCUGUUUUGAUGGCACCUCAGACGGCUAUUCCAGGGAGAUGAAAGCCGAUGCAGGAAUAGCACUGACUUUCCACUGUCCGGAGAGGAAACUUAACAGAGAGAGUCUGUUUCAGCGAUUACAGACCAAUCCAGGCCAAACACUGGCACAGAUGGCCAGAGACAUGAGAGAGAUGGAGGGGGUGCAGGUGCAGAGGUCUCGAGUAGUGGCCUACCCAUCAGAGCAACAGGGCAGGACCCCGAGUCGCAGAGUCACCUCCACAACCCGUAGAAGGAUGAAUAUUCGUGCUUCACAACGGCAGUAAAUACUGUAUCAUGGGUGCCAAACCAAGAAUUAUUAAUGAAGAGAUAAUUUAAUGAGCAUGAACUUUUUUGACAACCGCAAACCAAGGUGCACCAUGUUUUAGUAAGACUGGAGUUGAACUCCCAUACUUGAAUCUUUCUCCAAUGGCUUGCGCUUAUAUAUGCAAUACAGACAAUGCUUCAUUUUGUAUUUUUUUCUCCAUAAAACGAAAGUACUUAAUUAAAAUGUGUUCCCUCAAGUAAAAUCAGUCUAUGACCUUAUUCACAGGUCACAAAUCAGUACUUCAAAGAACAAAUAAGCCAACAACUUUGGAGACUCUUAAUUAGCGAAGUUUUCCCAACAGACUUCUUUUGACCAACACACCCAGAGAACUGGGGAUGUUUUUGUAAACUCCUUCAUGUUGUUUAUUAUUGAGCAGUAUUACCCUCUGCAACUCAGCCAAACAUCCCUCCACACCUCCGUCCAAUGUGCCAAGACCAAGGCUUUCGCCAACAGGAGCAUGAUUCACUCUUAAACUGAAAUGAUUUUCAAUAUGACAUAAUUUCCACUCCUCCACACAUUCCCAAUUAGCACCAAAACUUUUCAGUCAUGUUGGUGAAUGCCUCUCUUUCUCCGAAACAUUUACAGGGGCUGUUUCAGAAUGUAAAUAUACUUGUUUCUAGUGCAAUAAUUAAUACUAAUUUGACUGGACGUGUCCUGAACAUUUCCUGAAGGUCAGUCUUCACAGCAGAUGAAAGGUGCAACUUGUGAAUCAUCAAACCAGACUUUUAUAAUGCUUUGCAAGCAACAUGAUGGAGUGUUAAUUAUUAUCAUUUUAGUUUUGUUUUUUGUUGUUUUUUCAACAGUUACCAUAAAUUACAUUUUGGCAUAUGUUGCUCAAUCAGUGUCUAAUAACAUUUUUGCUUUGUACCAUUUUAGUCAUGUUUUUGCUUUAAAUGAAGAGAUGGAAGUGUUCCAUCCAUGGCUUAACAGCUUAAGCAAUGAUAUUUUAUGUGCUAAAUGACAAGAAGCAUAUACAUCAUUUUGUCUGCAACUGCAAUACAAAAUUCAGUGUUUAUGGCAUAAAUUAUGUCUGAAAGCCAAUAAGUUUUGUGAUGCCACUUGCAGAAUUGUUUAUCUGCAAAAAUAGCCACUUUCAGACCCCAGGGAGAAACUCUUCAAGCUGAACUAAUCCAAAGCCAAAUGAGGUUGACCAUGGUCCAUGGAGAAACCAGGAGUGGCUAACAAGUAAAUAUAAGCUUGCAAUUAAUUAAAAAAUAAAUGCCACAAUCUCUGGAGUGCUAUUAGAAGUGACGCACACAUGUUCAUUUUGUACCAAGACCUAAGAAAACCGGGUGCAACUUUUAGCCCCAUUGCUUCCUGACCAUUGUACAAUCCCUUCAAUACAGCUAUAUUAUAAUUUUAAAUGUAUACAUAUGGCUUAUACUUUCCUUCACAAAAUCUUUAUUUAAGAUAAGACAACUAUGCAUCCUAGUUUGAGCCCUCUAUGGAUGGCACCAUUAUCCAUAACCUUUUUAAUCUUGGGCAUUCAAAUACAUAUAAUUCAGUUGUCAGAUGAAAAUAACAUGUCUUGGGCUUAUUGCUUUGAGUGAAAAGGUGAUUGAAUCCAGGUGUAGCAUGAGAUAAGUCCGAUUAUGGAAGCAGUGCCAUGUGAGGUGAGCUGAAGAGGCCUGACAGCUGUGAAGCAACUGGGAGGAAGUGUUGAGCAAAAACAAGAUUGGCCACUGAUUUAAGGCACAGUUUGGUUAAUUAGUAAGGUAAAUAUGUAGAAAAAUAUUAGUUGGUUGUGAAGUGAGACUUUGGUCAUGGAAGAACGCAAUUUUGAUUUCACAGAAGUUUUGGUUCAUUGUGAAAUUAUCAGGGGAGUUUGAAGGACAAGGUAACAAUAACAGUGUGAGUAAAGUGUUAUGUAAUCUUUGCAUGGGAAAGAAGUGGGGUUCUCUCUGAACAGUUACUCUGUCAUCUGGGGAACUUCAAACAAGAUUUUGGUGAUGUUUGGUUUAAUGAUUUAUGAAGGAGAUCCCAGUCCUUUCAAACAAGGGGAGGGGUUUCAGGAAAUUACAAGAUAAAUUAUACGAGACUUUUCUUGCUGUCUUUUUCCUGCAUUUUUGUAACUCCAAGUACUUCAAGUGUCAACAAACAUCAAAUAUAUAAAUGCCAUAGUGAUGCUGACAUUCCAGGAAUGUCAGGAACCAUUCGUGUAGAAGCCUUGUUAUGAAUUAUUACAUUUAGACUAAAGCCUAAAUUUGUGUCACUGUGUGUAGAGAUAAAUUGUUUACUCAAAUAUGCAAUGAAGUCAUUGUGGCUAAUAUAUGUUCCUAUUGAGGCAAAAAACAAAUCAACUUUGAUAUGAUGUCAAAAUAUAACUGUCAGAUAACACAUUAUAAAAUCAGUUUUACUCUAAAUGUGUCAGAAAUAUUUUCCAUCAACAUCCAUGUUUUAUUAUUAUGAUACAGAUUGGUUUAGUUGCAGGGAUGCUCCUUAUAAAAAUCAUCAUGUGUGCCAUUUUUCUGCAUUCAUGUCACUUCAGGAAUUGGCCUUGUAAUUCAAAUACCAUUUUGAUUUUGUAUAGAAAACAAUAUUAAUACAUUAGUAAAACUAGUCUAAUGCAUUUUCUCAUCUGUGCUCUCAGGGAGACAAUAACUGCUAACUUAUUCAAGAGGUCAUUCUCAAACUUCCUGGAGUGUCCACAGAGUUGUAUAUUUACCACUAUGCUCCAGGAAAGCACCCUGAAGAAUUACAUAAUCUAAAUCAGACAAUUUAGAAGUAGCCUGGAGUAUUGCACAUUGAUGCCUUCUGUUUUGCCUGAGUUGUGGUUUUGUAAAUUGUGUAUUGAAUGAAAUCUACUAUAAUUGUAUGGACAAGGCGUGUAAAUAAAGAAAUUACUUGAUGUAAACUAAAA